AUGACAGAAGGGAGCGUUGCUGAACAAACUGCUGCUCCAGUUGUGAGUGAAUCUCCAUCGGUGAUAAAACGAUGGGAAGAAGAUUAUUCAGAAACAAAAGUUGAUGAAAUUGAAUAUGAUUACAUCAUUGUCGGUUCUGGCUCGGCUGGUUCGGCUCUAGCCAGUCGUUUAUCAGAAGAUGAGACAAAACAAGUUCUUUUGAUUGAAGCUGGUGGUGUGGAUACAAAAGAUGAAAUUCAUAUGCCAGCUGCAUGUGCAAAUUGUCAACGUUGUGAAAUCGAUUGGCAGUAUAAAACCGUUCCUCAGAAGAAUUCGCACUUUGCUUGUAAAAAUCAAGUCGGUAAUUGGCCACGUGGAAAAGUAUUAGGUGGCUGCUCAUCUAUAAAUUACAUGCAAUUUGUUCGCGGUGAUCCAAAUGAUUACAAUAACUGGAAUUUACCUGAGUGGACAUUUGAUGUCAUGAUCAAAUACUUCAAAAAGUUAGAAAUUGCUGAUAAAAACACAAUUCCGUUGAAUUCGAAAUACCGAAGUCAUGACGAGAAGAAUGGGAUGGUUAAUGCAUCUUCUUUGGACGCUGCCAAUGAGCUGAACAAAUUAUUCAUCGAGUCAUCAAUUAAAAAUGGUUUCCAUCAAACCGAUGAUUAUAAUGCAGAGGAUAGUUUGAACGGAUGUGUUGCUCAUUCACAAGUCUCAACACAAGGCGGUAAACGUUGGUCAACUGCCAGUGCUUAUCUAUUGAGCGCUGUGAAAAGAAAGAAUUUUCAUCUAUUGGUCAGUGCAUACACGACCAAAGUGACUUUUGACGAGAAGAAAAAUGCAACAGGAGUAAUCAUUCGGCGGGAAAAAUCUUUGGAUACAGAUGAAACUAUCCGUGGGAAAGAAGUUAUUCUCUCGGCCGGUACAAUUGGUAGUCCACAGCUGCUUCUUCUCUCCGGUAUUGGCCCUCGGAAAGAAUUAGAAAAAUUUCAAAUUCCGGUUAUCGUCGACUUACCUGGUGUCGGCAAAAAUCUUCAGGAUCAUCUCAUUGUCCCUAUAUUCUAUUCGAGCACAAUUCAAACACUUUCUCUCGCUGAUUUAAAUCAAGAAAAUCUAAUCAAUUGGGCAACGAACGGUAAAGGUGUUUUAACUUCAUGUGUUGUCGAAUCGCAAUCAUGGUGUCAAGUAAAUCAAAACGAAGAAAAUAACGUUCCGGAUAUUCAAACACAUUUCUGUCCGUUUACAGUUCCGAAAGAUGUGAUUGAAAAUUUUAAUUAUAAAGAUGAAGUAUUGGAGAAAUGUUUUAUUAAUGGCAAUCAGUGGACUGCGAUUUGUAUUCCAACUAUUCUUCAUCCGAAAUCUCGAGGAGAGAUCGUUUUAGCAAGUGCAAAUCCACUGGAUUAUCCAUUGAUCGAUCCGAAUUAUUUAGAAAAUGACGAAGAUGUACGAACAUUAAUUAAAGCCUGUCAGCUAUUCGAUAAAAUCUGUCAAACCGAGCCGUUAAAAAAUGUUCUUCAGUCAUUAGCCGAAGAUCUGAAUGAAGAAGUGAAAAAGUCCGAAAACGAAGAGAAAUUCUGGGAGACUUAUAUCAGAAAAUAUGGUAUAACUGUUUAUCAUCCGGUUGGAACAUGUCGAAUGGGUUUAGAAAAUGAUCCAAUGACUGUUGUCACACAAGACACAAAAGUCAAAGGUGUUCAAGGUUUACGUGUUGUUGAUGCCAGUAUUAUUCCUAAACUCAUUUCUGGCAAUACAAAUAUUCCCACGAUUGCACUUGGUGAACGAGCAGCCGACUUAAUCAAAUCGAAUUUUUAA